ACAGUCUAAUAAGGGUUUCCCUUGUUCCGCGUUUUAGACUCCAUGUGACUAACCAUUGUCGAAAGAAACCUUUGGAGUCAAUUCUCCCCCUUUUAUCGCACUCCAUUUUCAGACAGAUCUACAGUGAGUUCGUCAUCGUUCAAAGGUUUUGAUUUGAACAUUAAUCAACAACAAGGGAAUUUAGUCGAUUAUCUCGUUACGUUUCUUCGUGGAGAUUGCUGUAAAUGGAGAAAGACAUUAAGUCCCCAAACUCUAGCGGAACUUCACUCCCCCCAUCUGGAAGACAUUCGGUUUAUUCGCCACCACCCGGAAACAAUUUUAGCAUAAAACCGGAGCCGUUAGGGUCAACCCCACUGCCGCCGAUUGGCCCCGGCACUACCGAACCGGGUCGAUUCGGUGGUCUCGGGCUGACUUCUGAUACGGGUCGUUUCAGUCACGACGUUAGCAAAAUGCCCGAUAACCCGCCUCGAAAUUUGGGUCAUCGACGUGCUCAUUCCGAGAUACUAACCCUACCCGAUGACAUCAGCUUCGAUAGCGAUCUUGGCGUUGUCGGUGGGUUCGAAGGCCCUUCGUUUUCUGACGAUACCGAGGAAGAUUUGUUUUCUAUGUAUCUUGAUAUGGAUAAGUUUAAUGCAUCGUCAGCAACGUCUACGUUAGCUGGCGAAUCGUCUUCAGCUGCGGGUCAAGUUUCGGCAGGUUUGACUCCUGGGCCUGAGACUUUUGUCCCGGGCCCGAGUGAAAGACCCAGAGUUCGACAUCAGCAUAGUCAGUCCAUGGAUGGGUCCACUACGAUUAAGCCCGAAAUGCUCACUUCGGGUUAUGAAGAAACAUCUUCUGAUGCUAAGAAAGCUAUGUCUGCUGCUAAGCUUGCUGAGCUUGCUCUUGUUGACCCAAAGAGGGCAAAAAGGAUACUGGCGAAUAGGCAGUCAGCUGCAAGGUCAAAGGAAAGAAAGAUGAGAUAUAUUGCGGAGCUUGAAAGGAAAGUUCAGACGUUGCAAACCGAAGCAACCUCAUUGUCUGCUCAGCUCACCCUUUUGCAGAGAGAUACGAGUUGCAUGACAGCUGAAAAUAGUGAAUUGAGGCUGCGUUUACAAACCAUGGAGCAACAGGUUCACCUGCAAGAUGCUUUAAACGAUGCUCUAAAGGAGGAAAUCCAGCAUCUGAAAACCGUAACCGGGCAGAACCUCGCAAACGGUGGACCGAUGAUGAAUUUCCCUCCGUCGUUCGGAUCAAACCAGCAGUUUUACUCCCAAAACCAAGCUAUGAACACGAUGUUAACCGCACAACAGUUUCAGCAACUCCAGAUUCAGUCCCAUAAACAGCAGCAGCAGUUGCAGCAGAAACACCAGUUCCACCAACUACAGCAACAGCAGCAACUUCACCAGCAGCAGCAGCAGCAAGAACGACAGUUGGCGCAGAGUGCUGAUCUAAAAGCAAGAAGCUCGAUGAGCCCGAAAGAACAUGGUUCAGAUGUUAACAAUCAUGGGUCCAAGGAUUAAGUAGAUAUGUUUGGUUGGUCGGUCGGUUGGUUGGUUAUUGUAGGUUACUUGUCAGAUUGAAUAGUUGUUUAUAUGCAUCUUUAAGACCUCUAUGUUUAGGAUGUUUUAAUUACAUUAAAUUGAAGCAUCUUUAAGACCUCUAUGUUUUAGGAUGUUUUAUUUACAUUAAAUUGAAGCUUCUACAUGAGUAUGUGCUCAGUUAUUAUUA